ACCUUGUUAUAGGGUGUUAGAUCCCAACAAUGGGUGGAAACGACAGAAUAAACAUGGCUCUUGAUGACAUAAUCAAAGUUGACAAGAGUCUCAAGAGAGGACGAGGACGAGGAACCGGAAGGGGUCGAGGUGCCAGCCGUGGCAGAGGAAAGCCUAACUCUGGUCUGAAAGAUAACACUGCUGAUGGAUCAAACAGCUAUGUCAAGAAUAACAGUUAUACCAGGGGAAGAGGUAUCAGGUCACGUGGAGGUCGUGGUGGUAGAGGUAGAGGAGUCAACAGAUCCACUUCCAAUUACAGCAACACUUCUCCAGUGAAGAGGCUAAACAACAAUCGUGGUGGGAACAAUUUCAAACGUAACAACAACAACAACAACAACAACGACACAAACAUAAAUAAUCAACAGAGAAAUUAUAAUAACAGCACCAGAGGCAAAAGCUUCAGAAGUAGAGGCAAAUCAUUUAGAGGUGGUCGCCAACAGAGCCAAGUUAGAAACAACAAUAAUAACAAUAAUGGUAACAACAAUAAUAGCAACAAUGGGGGGAACCAACGUGGUACUACCACAAUGCUCCAGGAUCAAAACACUCAAGUUAGGCAACUACAGCUCCUAGCCCAGAACCAGCAGCUCCUUCAGAAACAACUCGUACAACUACAGAACAUUCAGAGUCGACAGAACGAACUUCUGUUGAGCUCUAACUCUAGGGACCGCUACAGUGGGGGUCUAAGUACACUGUCAGAUUUGGAUUUGGACCGUGAUGUUAUGAUGUUCUAGAUGGGUAUAACAACAUUUAACUCUUCGAUUUCUGGAAUUUGGAUGCUUCAACUUAGCUUUAGGUUGUAACACCUAAUAUAAAGUAGACUCAUGUUUUGGUAAUUGAUCUUGAAUUGGUAAUUGAUUGGUAAUUGAUGUUAUAUCUUGAAUGGAUGUGGGUAUUGUUGGGAUCUUGGACAGCUGGCGCGAGUUUGAUUUGCCAUGUGAGUUGUGAAACUUACAGCGUUAACGGAUGAGCCCUUCUAAUUUCUGUCACGUGUCAAUACAAUCAAGCCACAAUCCUUCUAAUUCGCACUUCCAUUUUAAUAUCUAUAAUAUAUUAAAGUAUCUGAUAUGGUGAGAAUUUGCAUAUUAUUAGGAUUAGUUAAUUGUUAAUUAACCACGCUUUUUGGUUUGCCUAGGUAUUGAAGGUAAGAAAAUCGAAAAUAUCUCUCAUGAAAAUCAAGUAGCUCUGGUUUUUAUUGGCACUUUGAAACAUCAAAAUGUUUUUAAACCGCAUUAGAUAAUUUAACUUUCCUUCUAUUUAUAAUUGUCCCAACUGUGCAUAAAAUACGAUAUGAAAUACACAGACAUGUUUCACAGAAUUUACAGUUUAUUCUUCGAUCUGAUUAAAUGGUUUUUUCGUUUUCCAGCGUUUUUAACUUAUCUGUAUGAUAGCAUUCACUAUUCAAUGGUUGAUCAGAAGAAAUAUUUUCUACUUCUAGAAGUUUUUAAUAAUAUAUAACGCCUUGUCUAAGUUAUUAUAUAUAUCAAGGUUUAAUUCUAAGUUCAAGUUUUAUUAAAGUUUUAGUUGAUAACCUUCUAGUUGAUAACGGUUUAAUUCAGUCGAAACUUUAAACACUGUUGAUGCCUUUUCUCUACAGUUUUUAAUCGUAUUUGAAAUCCUAUUAUAUGAUAUGCUUGUAUGUAUUUAGUUUAUAAUGAGGCGGUCUUUACGCCAUUUUUGAAGAUUACUGCUAUUAAGUAUUAAAAAGGCCCAAGAUUGCGCUAAAUUAAAUUGAACGGUGUUCUCUCUACAAUCUUACAAUCCGUGCCCAGCUCUCUGUGAUUAUGAUCAAAUUAUUUAUAAUUUUACAUUGCACAAUUCCAUAAAUCUUGUGUACGUUUUGCCUGGCCCGUUAUUCAUAGCGUUUACAUUAGACAGAUUCACCGAAUUUUCACAUUGGCCCAGAAUCCGUGCCUGGCUCAGUCACUGGAUUCACCAAUAAUAAUAUAAUUAUUGUAAUUAUUAUUAACUAAGGGUUAAGGUGCGAAUAGUAAGUCAAAAUGCAUAUUUCAUGAAUUGCAGUUCAAGUAUUCUUGAUAUUGUGUAUUGAAUAACAUUUUGCUGUUAUUUUUAAAUAAAGUUUGCUUCUCCCCAAUUUAUUCGAU